AUGCGUCACCAUGCCAAGUUGGACAAGCUCUUCUGGGCUGAAGCAGCAAUGACGGCCAUCUACGUCAAGAAUCGACUGCCGUCACCUAAAGUCGUGCACAAGACCCCCGUUUGGAGAUUCUACAACUACACUUGA